GGACGUCACAUAAGUCUGGACUAGGUGACGGACUAGUGCGAUUUCCUUGAGGAUAAAGUAAAGCCUGGAUCUGCGAAGACCUGCAAUGGAUUCGGUGACCUUUGAAGACGUGUGUGUCACUUUCUCUCAGGAAGAGUGGGCUGUGCUGCAUCCCUCGCAGAAGAAACUCUACAGAGAUGUGAUGUGGGAAACCAUGGCGAACCUAGCCUCUGUGGGGGGUGAAUUGGAAGACGAGGAUGUUACAAAUCAGUACAGAAUCCAAGAGGAAAAUGUAAGAAGUUAUGUGAUACAAAGACUCUAUGAAAGUAAAGAGGUUACUCAGCAUAGAGAAAGCUUCAGCCAGAUUCCAAACACUGGCGUGACCAAGAUAACUGCUGGAGGAAAACCAUAUAAUUGUAGUGUAUGUGGAAAAGGCUUCAUGCUUUGUUCUUCCCUCACUAGACAUGUCAGAUCUCACCCUGGGCAUGAGCUUGACGGGUUUAAGUGUGGAGAGAAGAGAUAUAAAUGUAAGGAAUGUGGGGCCACCUUCAGUUACCUCAAAUCCUUUCAGAGACAUGAAAGGACUCACACUGGAGAAAACCCCUACAGGUGUAAGCACUGUGGGAAGACCUUCAUCUAUUACCAGCCCUUUCAAACACAUGAACGGACACACAUUGGAGAGAGAAUCUAUCAGUGCAAGCAUUGUGGUAAAGUGCUCAGCUCUCCUGGUUCUCUUAGAAUUCAUGAAAGAAUUCACACUGGGGAGAAGCCCUACGUGUGUGAGAAGUGUGGGAAGGCCUUCAGUUGUCCCAGUUCCAUCCAAAUCCACGAAAGAACCCACACUGGGGAGAGGCCCUAUGAAUGUAAAGAAUGUGGGAAAGCCUUCAUCUCCCGCACGAGUGUUAAAACGCACAUGGUAACACACAGUGGUGAUGCACACAAGCCUCAUAAAUGCAAGGAUUGUGGGAAGGCAUUCCUUCGGCCAUGUUUCCUCCGAGUGCAUGCGCGAAUUCACACUGGAGAGAAGCCAUACGUUUGCAAGCAAUGUGGUAAAGCUUUUAGAUGUUCCACUUCAAUUCAGAUUCAUAAAAGGACUCACACCGGAGAGAAACCCUACACGUGUAAGGAGUGUGGUAAAGCUUUCAGUGCCCAUUCAGCAUUUCGAGUCCACAGGCGGGUGCACACUGGAGAGAAACCUUACAAAUGCAGAGACUGUGGGAAAGCCUUCAUCUGUCUCACGUACUGUCGUGCGCACGAGAGAAAACACACCAGAGAGAAACCCUAUGAAUGUCAGCAGUGUGGAAAAGCCUUCGUUUCUCUUGAAAACUUUCGACGGCAUGUCAAGACACACACGGAAGACAUACCUUAUAAAUGUAAGGAAUGUGGAAAAGCUUUCGUUUUCCUCAGCGCACUUCAAGCCCAUGAAAGGAUUCACACUGGAGAGAAGCCUUAUGAGUGUAAGCAAUGUGGCAAAACCUUUAGAUGUUCAAGUUAUGUUCAGGUACACAGGAGGAUCCACACCGGUGAGAAACCCUAUGAAUGCAAGGAGUGUGGAAAAACCUUCAUUUAUUCUACAAGCUUUCGAGGACACAUGAGAAUGCACACGGGAGAGAAACCCUAUAAAUGUAAGGAGUGUGAGAAAGCCUUCAGGCUUGGGAGCUCCCUUAAAAGACAUGAAAGAACUCACAGUGGGAAGAAAUGUGUUUAGUGUACACGUUACGGGAGAACGUUUUACUUUGUCCAUAUCUUCAAUAAACGUGAAAAUGCACAAUGGACAAGUGUGAGGAAUGGGGGAACAAAAGUUUCCAAUUUUAACAAAAGUAUCCAUUGUGGAGAAAUCUCAAGCUAUUAA